GAAGGGCAUGAUUUGAAACCUAAUGAACCUUAACAAAUUCUGUACCUUUUACUAAAUGCUCUUUACAAUGAAUUAUGAUAUACCUUAUAUCUGAUGAUGACAAACAGGCAUGUUACAGGUGCAGAGAUACUUAAAAUGCAGUAUCUUAAAAUCAGUGUUACAGUGUUUGUUCCCUUAGACUAUUGGGAGCAUAGCUACUAAAUUAAACUUUGAGAGCAUUGCCAGGGAAGACUCACACCCUGUGCUGGCAUUGAUACUGAUUUUUUGUAACAAGCCUGACAUUGCUUUGUUUAAAGUAUGUUCAUUUUCACUAUUCUGAUUUCUUCCUUUUUCCAGUGUAUCCAUCAUGUUAGAUAUAAGAAAUUUUUAAAUGUAUGAUGUAAUUUUCUUUACCUGUUGUAAUUGUGGUGAGCUAUAUGUAAUACGUAUGAAGCUUGCAACUUAACCAGCUAGAAGCUUAUUCUUAAAAAAAAAAAAAAAAAGAAAGAAAGAAAAUUCUAGAGAUUAAUGUUGAUGGAAAUACUUCCUUACUCUUAACCUAUGACUGUUCUGCAGAUCUAAGAGCAAACAAACAGAGCUUUAAGUUUUACAUUCACUACACUAAAAUGCAGGCAAGAAGAAAAUUGACCCAAAUUCUUAAAUAAGUGCAGUGGGGAGGUUUAGUUUUGAGGGCUAAUAGCUGCCCCAUCCUUUGUGAUUGCUUGCUUACAUAAUUUGUUAUGAAAGAAUGCUUCUAGGUAAACCAUAUCUCCAGAAAGCUUGUGAUUUGUUCUGUUCUGCUCGGGAAGGGUUAAGAGGAGACAACAUCCUGUCAAAGACCUUGUUUUUAAUUUUGCCUCUCACACUGGCACAGAUCCUGCUAAGAGCAGCCCAGAUUAGUUCGGAAAACCUUUGAAGAGAUUUAAGAUGUCCUUCAGCCAGUUUGAAGGUUUUUGUCUUGCAAAUCCAGUACAAGGGCGCCUGCAGGCAUCUCGACCCUUGCUGUGCCGCUGAUGCAGCUCAAGGUCACACUAACCCGCCCUGUGACAUUCAACAACAAAAAAAAAUUAUGCGGUGAAACUGCUUCAGCGUUUAGCCAACCAACAACUUCCUUUAGUGAGGAACUGAGGAAGAAGUCUUUUUUUUUUUCCCCCCUCUUUUUCUUUUUUUGGGGACUCUGUGAAUUUUUUGCUGUAGGAAAUAAUCCCGGAUUUAUGGUGUGUGUGAUGACAAGGUCAUUUCUUAAUUAGAACACAUGUAAAGAACAAAGCUAAAUGGCUUCAAAACAGCUUUGUAGUUGAUGGAGAGGAUUUAAAUUAUUUAAAGAGAUAGUCACCCAUGUAUGAUGGAAGCUGAAUUCUAAAGGCAUUAACUCCUUCAUUCCAGUCUACUUGCCAUUUCUUUCUUUGAAUUCUUACGUUUGACUUGAGAAGGUUGCCUUCUGCACUAAAGCAAAUGUGUAAAUGCCCACUUUUUAACAAGGUGAAAUGUAAUUUACGAAUCAAAUUCUUAGGUAAACUUUUAAUGGAGAAGUUUUCUUCCCAUGACAAUUCCCUCCUGGAAAUUUUAUCCAAUGGCUUGAUUUAGGAGCUAGGAAUUAUGAACUUUUCCCUCUGGCAACCGUGAUUUAUUUAUAAUGUGUUGGAGGGGAUGAGCGAAGGGCUUUUUAUUGCCUCACCUUGUCUCCCUCACUUUUGCCCAUUUGUGAUUUAGAAUUCUAGUUGAGCAGUUGGUCCCUGCUUCUUUAGAAAUCGUAGCACAGAUUCAUUCAGGUUUCUCAACUCUCAAAGAAUCAGUAUGGGAAGUUACAUGCUUUUUCCUAAGGGAAAGAAAAAAAAAAUAGUGUCAGUUUAAAGUGGACUUUCAGAAAGUUGUUUCUAACCAUACAGAACUUUUUUGAGGCACAACGAAACCAUGUCCAUGAACACUGAGCCAUACUGGAUUCCCUCUCCUUUGUGGGGCUUGUUUGCCCAUGUUGUUCCUCCUUUGUUGCCUUGCAGUGUGAAGUAGCAAAGACAUUCCUUGGAGAGAUCCAAGUGAAUUAGCUUCCUAUGCUUGGGACUUAAUGCAUAUCACACCUAAUGCAGAAUAAGCCGAGUAAUUUAUAGUUGGUUUUUUAGAUACAUAUCCUACACAGAAGCACACACUGCAGUUACUUCUCUGUACACAGAAUCACACCCUGUACAGAAAUUUAACAUCGGCGUAAUGAUAGCCACAUCACAGUUUUCUCAGAAUUCAUACCCGGUUACUCUGUUGGAGACAUUUCCCUGUGAGUGUGAUUAAAGUAGAAUCAGGGCAAGUACUAGGUGAAGAGGGAUGAGGUUUUGAGGGUGAUUAUUUGAACUGAUAUUUUAGAUUUUGUGGGCCACACUUAAAUUGAAGUUUGAGGCAAUAGCGUGACAGAUUGUUUAAGAACAACUUAGAGUUAACUAGACUUACUGUUCUGAAGGAUUUUCUUCUAGUCAAGAAACAGUUUCUUUGGGUCUUCCCUGAAAAGUAAGAAGGUAUGUGUUCUUUGAGGUUCUGGGUAUUUUAAAGGAUUUUAGGUUUACAGAAAGAAAAAGCCAGAGGGAAAAUCUAUAUGCAAGAAGAUGGUCCGUGUGAUUCUUCACUUGCCCUUGCCCGGAGUCUGCUGUGCCCUUAUGUCAUGUAUGACCCAGGCUCACCUGCUAGUAAUUUCUAAUUCACUGUCCUAAUUCAUCGAUUUGUUAUCACUAAUUGUUCUUCAUUUACUUCUGUGUAGUUUCCAGUACCUAAAGGGUUGAAAGGUUGCUGUAAUUGGCACCCGCAGCUGCUCUUUCUUUUGACAGGGGAUAAUUUUGCAGCCUAUGCUUUGUGUGACAGCUGCCUAAUUGGGCAUUCUCCCCUUGUAGCAAGCCUGCCUCCUCCAGCCUCCCUGCUGACAAAUGGUGGUGGAUUAUAGAUGAGGACACGCUGACCCAUUCGACCUUGCUGAGACAGCGGGGAGGGGCCUCCUGCUACUUGAGGGAAGCUUUAGGUCAUUUAGAGGACAAGGUCAUGAGCCAGGUGGGGAAAUGACAUGAUAUCACAUGACAGUAGCCUGAUGACAUGGUCAGUGUGUCAAGGACAAAUGCAUCAGUAUUGAUUAAACAUUAUUGCAAACAUUAUUGCAAUAUUUCAUUGAAGGCCCUAGUAUUUCUUAAUUGUUCCUGCUGCCUUUUUUUUUUUUUUUUAAGAAAAGUGUGCAGAAUAGGACCUGUUUUCUAGCAGUGUUAAAGCAUUUGUGUACAUGAAAAUAGAUCUGGUUUAGGAAACCUCCUGUUAAGUUUCUUUGAUUAUCUAGAGUGUUUUGUCCCUAAUUAUUGCUUCGUUUGCCGCCCCUCGACUGUCAGUACUUUUGAGGAGUUUUUUGAAAAUUAAGGCAGGCAAAUUAAAACGGUAAUAUGUGUUGUUAAAAAAAUAUUUAUCAACUACUGUCAUCACCCUACUCAGUGAUUGGCUUACCUUUUCACAUUUUGGAUAAAAGAAGAAUAAGCCAAGUAAAAAUGCCCCAUAGAAAGGAACCUCAGUGUUUUGAAUUUAGGAGCUCAAAAUUACCACUAUGCUACUACCAUAAUUAUAAAGUUUUGUUAAAAAUGUUUUCUAAAUAAUUUUGAGACCUGAAAAAAAAUUUUUUAAAUAGCUUGUGUUUAUACUUCGUAUGAAAACUUUAAGAUAAAUGAAAAUCUUUUGAACAUCUCUUCACUGUUGGUAAUGCACAUACUUUUCUUGAAGGAGUAGACGUGAGCUAUUACUUUUUAGUGCAAAAUUCUAAGAAUCUUUGCUGAGUCCGUUAACCCUGUGUUAAUACUUGAAAGUAUAAGUCCAUGUAAACUGUACUGAAUAGUCCAAUUUAGAAAAAUGCCAUGUUUAAAAAAACUGAACAGUAUAAUGCAGAGAAUAUUGAUCAUGAUUCUCGUUUCUGGAAAAACGUAAUUAUUGUUGGGUACUGUUGGAUCUAAGCCCCCAGUCCAACAGGAGGUAAUUUUAUGCUCCUGAAAUUAAAAAAAAAAAAAGAAAAGAAAAGAAACUAUCAGUGGUAAAGUGUGAUGAAUUACUUCACUGAAGUAGACACAUCUGUAUUUUCAUGGCAUGUGCAUGGGUGGGUGUGUGUGGGUGGGUGUGCGUGUGUGUGUGUGUGUGUGUGUGUGUGUGUGUGUUUCAUUUUGACUGUGCUGUGCAUGUGUUAGCUGCUCUCAAACCCUGACUCAAGCUUGGUGGAGGUUUAAUCCUGUGCCCUUGUACACGUAGACUUGAUUAGUAGUUGUGGUUAUCUCAGCAGAAGACAUACCGCCCUCCUCCUAGUAUUGGUCGGGACCCGGGCAUUGGGGAGUCAAGGCAAAGGAGAAAGAAAAGAGAUUUUACAUUAGUAUUCUAUGAAAGCCUUACUGUCUGCAGAACAAAUUGAUUGCUCCGGUGUACCUGUGCUUGGCACCACUGCUGUGAAGGAAAGAACACUGCUAUUUGCAUUUAAUUGGACACAAAAGAUGAAGAAGGAAAAGCAGUAUAUUCGCUAAGGAUUCUAUGUGCUUGCUGCUGCAGACCUAUGUAUUAAGAAUUCUUCUGCUCCUUCUUGCUUAGGAGUUGAUCAGCCCUGUGGUCAGGCUCCUUUGGAAUUUGCCUGUCUUUCACCUUGUCGUUGCCAGAGGAAAUCCUUGUUGGAAUGUCACAGGGCAUUUCUGCCUGAUUACUAUGGAAGGUGAUAAACUGGCAGUCACUUAUUAAAGUUACAUCUCACUCACCCCCAGAAAACCAUUCUUUAACGUGAAUAGAAACCAAGCUCUUGUGAACACUUCUAUUGAACAUGACUCAUGGAGAAGAGCUUGGCUCUGAUGUGCACCAGGAUUCUAUUGUUUUAACUUACCUAGAAGGAUUACUAAUGCAUCAGGCAGCAGAGGGAUCAGGUACUGCCGUUGACAAAAAGUCUGCUGGGCAUAAUGAAGAGGAUCAGAACUUUAACAUUUCUGGUAAUGCAUUUCCCACCUGUCAAAGUAAUGGUCCAGUUCUCAAUGCACAGUCCUAUCAGGGAUCUGGCAUGCUGCAUCUCAAAAAAGCCAGACUCUUGCAGUCUUCGGAGGACUGGAAUGCCGCGAAGCGGAAGAGGCUGUCUGAUUCCAUCGUAAAUUUAAACGUGAAGAAGGAAGCUUUGCUAGCUGGCAUGGUUGACAAUGUGCCUAAAGGCAAACAAGAUAGCACAUUACUGGCCUCUUUGCUUCAGUCAUUCAGCUCUAGGCUGCAGACUGUUGCUCUGUCGCAACAAAUUAGGCAGAGCCUCAAGGAGCAAGGAUAUGCACUGGGUCAUGAUUCUUUAAAAGUGGAGAAAGAUUUAAGGUGCUAUGGUGUUGCAUCAAGUCACUUAAAAACUUUGUUGAAGAAAAGUAAAGCUAAAGAUCAAAAGCCUGAUACCAAUCUUCCCGAUGUAACUAAAAACCUCAUCAGAGACAGGUUUGUGGAGUCACCACAUCAUGUUGGACAAAGCGGGACAAAGGUCAUGAGUGAACCCUUGUCGUGUGCUGCCCGAUUACAGGCUGUCGCAAGCAUGGUGGAGAAAAGGGCUAGUCCGGCCACUUCACCCAAACCUAGUGUUGCUUGUAGCCAGUUAGCGUUACUCCUCUCAAGUGAAGCCCAUUUGCAGCAGUAUUCUCGGGAACAUGCUUUAAAAACACAAAAUGCAAAUCAAGCGGCAAGUGAAAGACUUGCUGCCAUGGCCAGAUUACAAGAAAACGGCCAGAAGGAUGUUGGCAGUUUCCAGCUCUCGAAAGGAAUGUCGAGCCAUCUCAAUGGUCAAGCAAGAACAUCGUCGAGCAAACUAAUGGCGAGCAAAAACACGGCCUUCCAAAAUCCAAUGGGUGUCGUUCCUUCUUCCCCCAAAAAUGCAGGCUAUAAGAACUCACUGGAAAGAAACAAUAUCAAACAAGCUGCUAGUAACAGUUUGCUACUACAUCUUCUUAAAAGCCAGACCAUACCAAAGCCAAUGAACGGACAUCACCAUAGCGAGAGAGGAAGCAUUUUCGAGGAUAGUAGUACGCCCACAACUAUUGAUGAGUACUCUGAUAACAACCCUAGUUUUACAGAUGACAGCAGUGGCGACGAAAGUUCUUAUUCCAACUGUGUGCCCAUAGACUUGUCGUGCAAACAUCGAAUUGAGAAACCGGAACCUGACCAGCCUGUUUCUCUCGAUAAUUUAACUCAGUCCUUGCUAAAUACCUGGGAUCCCAAAGUCCCCGCCACCGUAGAUAUCAAAGAAGAUCAAGAUACCUCAAGGAAUUCUAAGCUAAAUUCACACCAGAAAGUAACACUUCUUCAGUUGCUCCUUGGCCAUAAGAAUGAAGAAAACGUAGAAAGAAACAGCAGUCCUCAGGAAGUACCCAGCGAUGUGCCCAAGUUCAGUACUCAGAAUUACACGAGGACUUCGGUCAUUGAAAGCCCCAGUGCCAACAGGACUACCCCCGUGAGCACUCCUCCGUUACUCGGCUCCACGAAACCAGAGUCUCCUAUCAAUCUCUCCCAGCACUCUCUGGUCAUCAAAUGGAAUUCCCCCCCAUACGCCUGCGGCUCUCAGUCUGAAAAGCCCGCCAACACCGCAUCCAGCCACUUGAUGGACCUGACGAAGAGCAAAGAGUCGCACGGAGAGAAGCCCAUCCAGAAUGAAGGCGCGCAAAACUCUGCAACUUUCAGUGCCAGUAAACUGUUACAGAACUUAGCUCAGUGCGGAAUGCAGUCCACCUCAGGAGACGAGCAGAGACCCAGCAGGCAGCUGCUAAGUGUAAACACAGAUAGACCCGUGGGCAUGGUUGACAGAUUAAACAGUCCUCUGCUGGCAAAUAAAACAAACGCGGUGGAGGAAAACACGGCCUUGAGCAGCCAAGCAACAGGUCCCGAAUCAGGACUUUCUGGUUCUGAAAUAGAAAAUCUGCUUGAAAGGCGCACUGUCCUCCAGCUGCUCCUGGGAAACCCCAACAAAGGGAAGAGCGAAAAGAAAGAGAAGAUUUCUGUGAGAGACGAAAGUACUCAGGAACACGCGGAUAGAGCUUUAAGUGAACAAAUACUGAUGGUCAAAAUCAAAUCUGAGCCUUGCGAUGACUUACAUACUCACAACUCAAAUGUGCACUUGACCCAUGACGCCAAGGGGGCCCCAUUCUUGGGUGUGGCGCCUCCCGUGCAGAGAAGUUCAGCUGCCUUACCCGUGUCCGAGGACUUUAAAUCGGAGCCCGUUUCACCUCAGGAUUUUUCUUUCUCAAAGAACGGUCUGUUGAGUCGACUGCUAAGACAAAAUCAAGAGAGUUACCUGGCGGAAGAUCUGGACAACAGUCACAGAAACAGUGAACUGACAAUUCUAGAAUCAAAGAACCUUUGCAUGGUCCCUAAGAAAAGGAAGCUCUAUACUGAGCCUUUGGAAAACCCAUUUAAGAAGAUGAAAAAUAACAUUGUCGACGCGGCACACAGUCACAGUGCUGCGGAAGGACUGUAUGGGUCCUUGCUUAACCAGCAAGAGCUGAAACUGAGCAAAAAUGAUCUUGAACUUAAGUACCCUGCCAGUCAUGGUGCGGCGCCCGAAAGUGAACAUAGGAGUUGGGCCAGGGAGAGCAAAAGCUUCAAUGUCCUGAAGCAGCUGCUUCUCUCAGAAAACUGUGUAAGAGAUUUGUCCCAGCACAGGAGUAACUCUGUCGUCGAGAGUAAAAAGAAAGGACACAAAAAUAACGUGACCAAUAGCAAACCUGAAUUCAGCAUUUCUUCUCUGAAUGGACUGAUGUACGGUUCCCCUCAGCCCGGCGGCUGCAUGGAUAGCAGGACAUUUCCGUACCCAGGAGUAGUGAAAUCUCCCAUGAGUCCCCCUUUUCCCGAGCACUUGGGCUGUGCAGGGUCUAGACCGGAAUCUGGGCUUUUGAACGGGUGUUCUGUGACCGGUGAGAAGGGACCCAUUAAGUGGGUUAUCACAGAUGCGGAUAAGAAUGAGUAUGAGAAGGACUGUCCCAGGCUGACCAAAACUAACCCGAUACUGUAUUACAUGCUUCAGAAGGGAGGCAGUGCUGUUACCAGUCGAGAAACGCAGGACAAGGACAUUUGGAGGGAGCCUGCACCUGCCGAAAGCAUCUCACAGGUUACAGUCAAAGAAGAGUUACUUCCCGCCGCAGAAACUAAAGCUUCUUUCUUUAAUCUAAGAAGCCCAUAUAAUAGCCAUAUGGGGAGUAACGCCUCUCGUCCACACAGCGCCAAUGGAGAAGUUUACGGACUAUUGGGAAACGUGCUAACAAUAAAAAAAGAAUCAGAAUAAAACGUACCUGCCAUCCAGCUUCGGAUCUUUUUAAAACUGCUUAGUAUGAACUUGCGAUCUGUAUAAAUAAGAGCAUGAUUUGAGAAAAGCAUGGUAUAAUUGACACUUUUUUCAUUUUGAAAAGUAUUGGUUACUGGUGAUGUUUAAAUAUGCAUACUGCUUUUUGCUUUACGUUAGAUGUCAUGAGGAAACUACUGAACUAGCAAUUGGUUGUUUAACACUCUGUAUGCAUCGGACAACAACUGUGAGUAGCCUAUGAAUGAAAUUCUUUUAUAGUCAGAUAACAGGCAUAAAUGAAAAUGUAAAUCUCCAUCCAUAGUGGAUUAACGCAUUUUGCUGCCUUUAUUAGGGUACUUUAUUUUGCUUUUCAGAAGUCAGCCUGCAUAACACAUUUGUUUUUAAAUCCAAAUUGUUAAAUAACUCUUGAAAUGUUAAUUAUUGAGUAAAAAAAAAAAAAAACCUAAUUCACUUCUCAUUAUCUGAUUCAGAACCAAAUUAGAAAAGAAAAUGCUUACAUUUUUCACUUUUGCUAAAAAACAUAUUUAUUUUUAACUCUUGGAAGGGGUUUUGUGGUUCCCAAUGUGUCUGCCCUACCCCAGUCCUUUUCAAUAUCUAUUUCUUUAAACCUUGUACUACUUAGUAAAAAUUGAUUACAAUUGAUGGGAGUUUGAUAGAUCCUUCAAAAAAGGCAGAUUUCCAUUUUUGUAUUUUAGCUACUUUACUAAAUUAAUAGUCCUCCUUUUACAGAAUUAGGAAAGUUAAACAUUUACCUUCAGGUGGUUUCCUGAAUAGGUGAAUAUUUAAGAAGUUGUUUUUAACAGAAGCAAAAUGGUUUUUCUUUGGACAGUUUUCACCAUCUCUUGUAAAAGUUACUUCUCACCAUUUCUGUGGUACCUGUGAGUCUUACGACCAGGGUUUCUUAAAAGCUGGACUCAGACCACCUGCAUUAGAAUCAUCUGGAGCCCUUGUUUUAAAAUGCAGAUUCCCAGGCAGCAUCUCAGAUCUACAGAUCAAGAAGCUCUGCUCAGUGGACCGGGGAAUCUCCCACCUGCAUCUUAACACACUCCCUAGAUGUUUCUUCUGCAUACUGAAGUUUGAGAACCAUUGCUUAUGACUUUUCUCAGAACACAGGAUUGUAAAAAAAAAAAAAAAGAAAAAGAAAAAAAAACAACUAUUUGAUGCCUAUAUUUUCCCCAGUACAGUUAGUUAUACAUCAACUCAAAAUUUGCAAUAUUGUAGUUCAUAUAUAACCGUUCUGUCUUUGGAAAAUCGGGUUCGAAAUACUUUUUAUGACAAAAAAAAAAAAUUGGGUGGAGGGGACAACUUUCAUAUCUGGCUCAGCAUCUCAGGAAAAUCUAUGAUUAUUUACGUGUUCUAAUGAGUAACAUCUACUUAAUUAGCCUUAGGGAUGGUAUAACAGGGCCACUUACCAAACUCAGGUGAUUCCAGGAUGGUUUGGAAACUUCUCCUGAAACAUCCUUAGUUUCUAUUGAAAUCAUAGUCCUAAGAUCACUGCUGACAAAGAUGAAAACAUUUCAAACCCAAGGAAGGCACUAAACUCAGCUUGACUAAACAGAGAAGUUCAAAGGGCACAUAGACAUGACAGAGUUGUACACGAUCACUCCAUUGGACCUAUUAUUUUAAAAUUGCAAUUAGAAGUAAACAUUAAUAUUAUCUUGGAAGAACUUAUUAUUGAGCCACAUGGGGUUUUGAUCUCGCAACAAGUCCAUAUGUUUAAGUUCAGCUUUCAUUGUCCACAAUUCAGUCACCCGGUAAUAUUUUUGUUUUUAAAAGUGAACCAGGUUUGCAACUGACCUAUCAACAAAUUGUUAUAUAAUCAACUAUUAAUUAGAAGGAAAUCUAUUUGAAGUUGUUCUACUUGAAGUUGUUUCUAAGAUUUUUAUAUUAAAAAUGGGCGUUAUUUCCUAAUAUGAAUUAAAACCCUAAAUGAUUAUUUUUUCUCAAAAUGAUUUGUAAAUAGUUACUGGAUUAUAUUAUAAAACAAUAGUCAGGAGUGAGUAUUAUGCUACAUCAUGGAGAGAUGAAGGCAUACACUUAUUCUGAAGUGAAAAUCCCACUGGCCAGUGAAUAUAUUCUACUCCAUCCCAUAUUGACUUUGUGACAAUCUUAUUGUCUACAUCCUAUAAAUAAGCUUUUAAGCAAGUCAUUUUUUUCCCUGCUACAUUAUGAAAGGUCUGGAGCCUUAGAGAUAUGCUAGGAAAAUUGUUGGUAUUCCCCUUUGGUCGGGGAAAAAUGGGCUUUCACAAGGGAGGGAAAUUGAGGUCAGGGGAAUGAACAUCAAGGGCCAGCAUUGCUAUAUUUUUGUUUGUUCCUUUGGUUGGUUGGUUGUUUUUGUUGUUGUCGUCGUUCACAGUUAAAGGAAUGAGGAUAUAUAAUACGUAGCUAAACAUGACCAGAAAAACGAUGUUCUGAUUUACUAGAGAAUGUCCCCAAUUUGAAUUUAGGGUGAUCUUAAAGAAGAACAGUGAGAAAGGGCACACAUCCAUAAAUUCACUUUGUUUAUGCAUAUGUAGAUACAAGGAUGCACAUAUACACAUUUUCAAGGACUAUUUUAGAUACUAGAUAAUUUCUUCCCAAUGAAGUCAUUUGUGAAAGGGUACUACAGCUCUCAUUGACAACAGUAAGGUAGCAUUGCCUGUUUAUUCUCUGGUACAUGUUACAGAAGAGUAAACUGGUGAGAGUAUAUAUUUUAUAUAUAUAUAUAUAUAUAAUAUGUAUAUAUAUAUAUAUUGACUUGUUACACGAAGAUGUUAAAAUCUGUUUUUAAAGGUGAUGUAAAUAGUGAUUUCCUUAAUGAAAAAUACAUAUUUUGUAUUGUUCUAAUGCAACAGAAAAGCCUUUUAAUCUCUUUGGUUUCUGUAUAUUCCAUGUAUAAGUGUAAAUAUAAUCAGACAGGUUUAAAAAUUGUGCAUGUAUGUAUACAGUUGCAAGUCUGGACAAAUGUAUAGAAUAAACCUUUUAUUUAAGUUGUGAUUACCUGCUGCAUGAAAAAUGCAUGGGGGACCCUGUGCAUCUGUGCAUUUGGCAAAACGUCUUAACAAGUCAGAUCAGAUGUUCAUCCCAACAUGACAGUAUUCCAUUUUUGGAUAUGACUUCUGUGGUUUAAGCUUUGUGGAAGAAUGUGCUUUGAAUCCAAGGGUCUUAAAACUUUUUAAAAUCAAGUCAACCACUUUUCAACAUGACAAGUUCACACAACUACUUUCAUGAAUUUUUUAAUCCCAUUGGAAAUGUACUGUUCUACCAGGAGUAUCCCAGUAUGCUGGAAUACAGGCACAUUACCACUCAUGAGAUGAAUUCUGGCGUUUACACAACCAAUUUUGAUGCGAUCUGCUUCGUAAUAUAAUUUGUCAUUUUUAUUAGAAAUUUAAUUUCUUCAUGUGAUGUCAUGGAACUGUACAUACUGCAGUGUGAAUUUUUUUGUUUUGUUUUUUAAUCUUUUAGUGUUUACUUCCUGCAGUGAAUUUGAAUAAAUGAGAAAAAAAAUGCA